ACCAACCAUCGGGGCCUCCAAAUGAAAAGCACAACUUUUGUUUCACGUUUUCUCUGCUCAGUGGUGAAACGAAGAUGGAUUAGUUCACUGUGGUUGCUAGCGUGCUAGACUCCUUUUCCCAAACACACAAUAGAAAUAUUCAUUUACCGCUCUGACGACGGAGACUUUUAUCCUCCUUAUAUAGUAACAACUCUGCUCCAGAGGGCGAUUUUCAUUUGUUACUGAUACACUCCUCCAUCCCUGCCCACAGACUGUGGGCUGUAGUUUAUCCAUGGAUACCCCAAGCUCCUCUGAUUUAUUACCACCUCUUCCAGCCGAUAGCACAUGCAGCCCUCUGCCUCUCCAUUUCUUCCCUUGAUUUGAGAUUUCUCCCUUUCCCCCACCCAUUUGUCCAACACAGUGUUUUAAUGGAGGGCUGUGGGGCGGUGGCAGGGGCCAGGGGACGCCAGGCAGUGUGGGGACCUGUGUCCAUAGAGGGAUGUGCCUCGAAACCCAAAGGUGGUGAAUCCAAAGCGGAUAGAAGGAAGUGGGUUUUUUUUUUUUCACUCCCUGCUUAAUUAGGCUGCCACAGGAAAGUGCUCAGGCCAAAAUUUAGUGGGAUUCAAGGAAGGAUUGGACAUCUAUGCGGAUAACAGAAAUAUCCAGCUAUAACAGUGGAUGCCAACACAAAUUCUGGAAGGGAUAUUAAGCCUCACGCGUCAGGGUGUAAACCUAUCCCAAACAAGGCAGCUUAACAUUGGGCAGAUGACCCACAUACGCUGCUGCUGCUACAGCUGCCAGCAGGCAGGACGGUGGCCUUGCUCCCUGCUGUGGCAGCACCUUCUGCAGAGGGCAACGAACCCCUCUGGGCAGUCACCACUCACAGUGCCCCACACCUAUUGCCCACACCUUCCAUCCUCUCUCCUUGGCUGCAGGUAACAGCCUGAUCCUGCAACCUGCAGACAGACAGUGCAGGCAAGGGACUGUGGUAGCCUUCAGGUACAUACAGCCAAGCCCUUUGUUCCCCUCUCAGGUCACCUGCUGGCCAAAUACACCCAAUUUCAUCCCUCUUGUCACAUCCCACACAUUCUGCAGUUGCCUAGCUUCUGGAAGGAACUGCUCACCUCUGGCAUCUGCAGGUGCUGCAGAUGGAUGGCAUGGCCCCAUGCUCACACUGGCACCACCAAGCUGAGCCUCGGGGACAUUGUGGACAUGCAGGGCACUGUGCCACUGGGAACCACUGCACUGCCUGCCCUUGGCCAAGGAGACCAGCCCUUACCCACAGUCUUCGCUAGAGGCUUGGAGAAGGGGGAAUUCACUCCAUGAGCUGAGCGUGAGCAGCUCCGCACCCAGCAGGGAAGCACCGGUUGUCAAUCUGGUGCCCAUCCCCCUCCACACAAUGGGAUGCUCGGACACCUUGCCGCGAUGCAGCAUGACAGAGGGGUGUCUGGAGCUCUCCCACUGGUUGGGAGCCAGGGCUGCCCAGCACCAUGCCAAGGGCAACCUCACCAGGGUGCCUUGGAUCUUCCCUUGCCACCGAGCCCUGCACCCACAGGGGCUUCCAACUGGAGACAUUUCUGGAGGGCAUGAAUCAGCUUUUCACAGCUUGUUAAAAAUCUUGAUCCUACCUCUUGUUUUCAUGCCUUUCAAAUCAGGAAAUGAGUUUUACAACUUUUCCAGUGGGGCACAGCUGGUGGCCAGGGUCGUAAAGCUGAACUUUAUAAAUAUCUCUUGUUGGGAUCAGGGGAAGAGCAUUAAAAAGGCAGAGAGAAAGAGAGAGAAAGAGAGACAGAAGGGAAAGAAGCUAAGGAAAGAGAAGAAAAGCAACUCGGCAGGACUGCUAAGAGCCCAGCUCAACGAUGGCCAUGGCCCUGAGAGCGCUGAAGACGGCAUGCACCUGGGGCAGGCUCUGCCUCCUUCUCUCCCUCUUCCUUCAGCUGCCAGGCUCCCAGGCCAAAUGCUACUUCCAGGCUAAAGCUCCCUGCGAGUAUGAGGGGAAGCAGUUCUCCCUUGGGGAGUCGUGGCUGAGCACCAACUGCCUGCUGUGCACCUGCCUGCACCCCAUUGGCGUCGGAUGCUGUGAGACCACCCAGCACCCCAUUGACUUCCCCGACUGGUGCGAGGCCCACUAUGACACGCAGACCUGCCAGAUCUCGGUGGUACAGAAAGCCAACCCCAGCCUGCCAUGUGUGAAGAGCGUGGAGCACGAGUGGGGCUCAGCCGGCACCCCUGAGCCACUGAACAAGGUGCUGGAUGCGGGGCUUAGCAGAUAGAGUGCACGGCCUUGCUGUCAGCCCCACUCCCCCAGAGCACACCUCCUGCAUGCUCCACACCUGCCCCAGCCUGUAGACACCACUGCAGCCACCUUCCAGGGAAACCACUAUCCAUGUACUGAGCUAACAUUUACACCCUAGCGCUGCCACAGUACAGCUCUGCUUCUGCCUUCAGCUUCCUGAACUCAGCUGGGGCCCCUUUCCCAGCAAGGCACUGCUCUCAAGAUGAGCGGUGAGGUGGGCCAGGCACACAAGCCCCCAGCAGGACCAGCAGGCCCCGAGCUGUGAUUUUUGGGGGGAAUGCAGAUCCCCAGGGAUGUCCACCGAGCUGCACAGGGAAUUUUCAGCUCCAGAAGGACCACAGGACCAAAUUACACCACAUCCAGCUGCAAGUGAAGCAGCUCCCACCAAAACCCCAGUUCCCUUGCCUGCAGCCUCUGGCAUCUCAGUGGGAAGCAUAGCAGUCCUGAAGCAUGACAUGCUUUGGCCAGCCCCUUCUCUGCCUGAGUGCAAGAAGCGUAACCUGCUUCUUGAACCACUAAUGUCCAUGCUCCCACAGCUCCUGUGACCAGAACUCUGUGUGCUAGCCCUGGGUAGGCAGAACACUGGGCAUAUGAGGAAAACAGCUGUCCCCAUGAGGAGCCUGGCCCGCUGUGCAGGCUGCCCCACUUCAGCUGCAGGAAGCUGGGUGCCCCGCUGGUGUUCAGAGAGCUGAAGCAACCUGUCUGUGCGAGCGUGGAGCUGGCUGCCCUGACAGCCUGCCCCAGCUGGUGCCAUGCCUGUGCUGUACAGAGCCUUGUGUAG